CCCAGUGCUUCUGGCUUCUUUACUUUCGCUCCCCCGACACCGAACCGACUCGGCUGUCCUUGCCGCUGUCACAACCAUGAGUUCCAGCGCGCAAAGCCCCCGAAGCCCCAAGAGCCCCCAGAGCCCCCAGAGUCCCACGGGCAAAGCGACCUCGCCGGCACCAGCAGCUGCCCCGGCCCCGCUAAGCGCUGCUGCGCAAACCGCAGCUGGCAUUCUUCCUGCAACCCAUUGGACGGAGCAACCGCUUCCCGAAGAUGAUGUCGACGAUGGGGCAUCUAGCCUCGGGUCAUUUAAUUCCACCACAGCUUCCAUAAGCUCGAGCAUUUUUCACUACCGCGAAGUUCACGGGAGGACAUAUCACGCUGAAAUGGGUAGGGCCGAGGCAUGGCAGCCCAAUGACCAACGCCACCUUGAUGCGAUGGAGCUCGUGCAUCACGCCGUUAUGGUCACACUGGGAGGGAAGUUAUUUUCGUCGCCUCUCGAACCAAAGAAGGUUCAGAAGGUGCUGGAUGUUGCGACGGGUGCUGGCCUGUGGGCGAUCGACUUUGCCGACGAGUUUCCCAAUGCUGAAGUUAUAGGAACUGAUGUCUCUCCUAUCCAGCCUUCUUGGGUACCCCCGAACGUUAAGUUUGAGCUAGAGGAUUGCAACCAAGAAUGGACCUGGCCCGAAAAUACAUUUGACUUCGUCAACCUUCGUCUACUUGUAGGUAUUGUUGACGAUUGGUAUGCCCUCUUCAGGAACGCCUAUCGAGUCGCUAAGCCUGGAAGCUAUGUGGAAAGUUAUGAUACAGGAUGUCAUCUGCUGUCUGACGACGGAACAGUAAAGGAAGGUAGUGCUCUUGAGCAAUGGGGCAAGGUCUUUCGCGAAGGUGGCAAAAAGCUUGGAAGAACGUUUACAAUAUACGAAGAAGAUCUCCAGCGGAAAGGAAUGGAGGCAGCUGGGUUUGUUGAUAUUGAGUUCAAGGAUAUCAUACUUCCGUAUGGCGGAUGGCACUCUGAUAAGGAACUCGCGGAAAUUGGUGUUUGGUGGAAGAUGGCCAUUGAGGCGGAUCUUGAAGGUUACGUCAACUACAUCUGGAACAACGUCCUUGGUUGGACACCGGAUGAAGCGAAAGCCUUUACCCGUCACGUGAGAAGGGACAUGAAUAAUCCCAACAUCCACGGGUAUCUCAUGGCACGUGUUGUAUGGGGUCGCAAGCCGGAAUAGGCAUCUCAAUGGUGGGAACAGUUGGUGGCGCCGUAUUGACCGGCAGGACAGAUAGAGGGGGAGGGGGGAAUUGGUCGCCGAGAUACGUUGCAGUUUGGAGUACAUACAAAUGCAAUUUUCCAUCUGGCAAUGAUGAGACAUG